CCGCCCGAGUCUAUAUAUAGACCCAGGGACCGCUCUGUGUUUAGACGGCUCAGAGCGCGCCGGUCAUCAUCAUCAUCGUCGGCAUCGACGCAGCGCGCUCGGAUGGGUUCAAUUAACGGCGACUAAUCCUGCGACUGUGAAUUCGUCGCGAAGAGGGCCAGCUGGAUCAUCGGCCCCGCUUAUAGUAACAAUUAACGUUCGAUUGACGCGAGCGCGCGCGCGUGUGUAUAUAUUUAACAAAUAUAUAUUCGCGCGCGCGCGCGCCCGUGUCGUUCGAUAGGGGUUUUGAACGACGUUCACGGUGUCCACAACACCAAUAGUGAGGCUACCGAGGAGACUUCGUCAUCGACGGCGGUAUUUUAAAUCGAUCGGUCGUCGGUUCGUCAUUGGGACCUCCGGAGAGAUGACGCGACAUCAGAAGCCGUCGCUUGUCGCCCCCGGCAUCGUUGAAAUUAAGAGCCAGUUCGGCGCGGAGUUCCGGCGCGUGUCGAUCGCCCGGUGUCCACCCCCGCGUUUGGAGGAGUUUCGGGCCCUGCUGCUGAGGCUGCACGGCCUGGCAGGGAUGGUGGGAGGAGCGAGCGCAGGAGGCAGCAGGAAGACAGCAGCAGCAGCAGCAGCAGGAGGAGGAGGAGGAAGACGAGGAGGAGGAGGAGGACGAGGUGGAGGGGAACUGGCCGUGUGCUACACGGUGUCCGACGGGAGUCUGCUACCCAUCACGAACAGCCACAACUUCGCCAAGGCCAUAGCGGGGGCGGCACCGCUCCUGCGGAUCACCGUCACAAUCGCAGACGAUGCGCAGCUCGCCACCGCGGCCGUCUCCUCCUCCGCCAUCGCCAAGCGAGGGGUGUUCUCCGGCCUGCGCGGGCGCGACGGCGCCCCCCACGCCCCCCGGCUCCCCGUGGGGCCCCCCCGGGACUUCCACCCGCUGUCGUCCCUCAUCGACGUGGACGUGCUGCCGGCGAGCCUGCGUCGCGUGCGGCUCUACCGCCACGGCUCCGCCCGCCCGCUCGGCUUCUACGUGGCCGACCAGGGCGCCGACGGCAGGGCCCGGCUAGGGGGCCGCGGAGGCGCCGGCGUCUUCAUCUCGCGGCUGCUGCCCGGCGGCCUGGCCGCCUCGUCGGGCCUCCUCUCCGUCGGGGACCGCGUGCUGGAGGUGAACGGCGCGCCCGUCGCCGGCAAGGGCCUGGACGAGGUGACGGCGAUGAUGGUGGCCAACGGGCACCACCUCGUCAUCACGGUGAGGCCCGCGGAGCUGGAACGGCGGGACGGCGGGGAUGAUGGAGGAGUGAGGGGAGGAGGGAUCGACGAUGAGUUCUGGACGCGCGAUUUGGGAAGCUCGGAGAGCUCUGUGCAGUCGCUGGCGUCCGACGGCAGCGAAGGGAUGAGGCUAUCGCGACGGGGGUCACAGCGCCAUCAUCAUCAUCAGCAGCAGCAGCAGCAGAAGAAGAGGAACCACGUCAAAGAAGAAGUCUCUCUGACCUCGCGGAGCGGUGGCGAUUCGGACAGCUUGGCGUUGGCGCCGCUGCUGUCCGACACGGAACCGUGGGACAGCGAGGCGGAGGAGGAGGAGGAGGAUUUGGUGAUCGACCGGAUCGGCGUCGAUCGCCAUGCGGACUUCUCCGCCGCCGGCAAGCCGGGCCGACCGCUGGCCACGUACGACGGCGGUGCGCGGAACUCGCCUUGGGCCCACCGACGGUCGGGCACCGUGACGGAGGAGGGUGGAGUCAUCACGCUCUACCUCUGAGGUCCGCGUCGCGCCUCCGUCGCGAUGCGGCGAGAAGUCCGGCGGACGUCUGCGGGUCGCGACGGAUCGCCACUCGGUUCCCCGAACCGUCGGGAACUGGACCUUGCGGGCGAUGGGUCAGAGCCGACGGGCGACCUGGGAGAUCCCGAUCCAUGGAUGGCGGUGAGGACAAGGUCACUCGAGACGGGUAUUGGAGUGGCACCCAAUGCCCCACGGGAAGAGAAGAACUAAGCGCAGGUGAUGGUGCCGACGACCACAAUGACGAUGAUGAUCACGAUGAUGGGACUGUUGAAGUGGUUCCUAGUGGUCGGGUGUUACCUGUGCAAUGGCCGGAGAAACUGGCAGAAGGAUGGAAGUGAUGGCGUGGUGGCCUCGGUAGCACUGGCCGUCAUGACCUAUUGACCUUGUUUUUGGGACAGGUGGGGUUGGUGGAACACGCGCAGAGGGUGCGGUGCUCAUGUUCAUCGACCACAAUCGGAUGACGGCGAUGAUGCUCAUGCAGACUAUGGCUACGACGACGAUAAGGAUGACGACGAUAAUGAAGGUGAUGCUACUGAUGACGACGAAGAUGACGGCGAAGACUAUGUCAGAGCGCGUCGGGCCCACAGUCGGGGUUUCGAACUCGCAACGUCCGCACUCGACGGCCGACCGUGGUUGCCACGCAGCCAUGCACGCAGCACGUGCAGCUCACUUGCCGUAACAGGGGGCCACCGGCGAUGCCUACCCUCGCCCCACUGCUCAAGUGUCACCGAUGCACGUGGGUGGGUGGGUGGGGGCACAGAGCGGUGGCACCGCGGUUAGCUCACCGAGCUGUCAGCACGGUGACCCGAGUUCCAUUCCCAGACUCUGCCUAUAACAUCGGUGUGGUCGGUGACAUAGGGGAGUAUCUUUUCUUAGUAUUUUUAUUUCACCAGGUCAGGCCCACUGAGCUGUGUAGAUAUAUUUUUUAGAAGCGACCUGGCCACGAAUGAUAGCUCAACGAAGUGGCUUAUCACGUGGAAAUGUAUAGCAGCCAAACACU